GUAUCGUGUAUCCGAAAUCUAUUAGGGUUUAGAAAAACGAACACGGUGCUUCUCCGGUUCUCCUUCUCUCUCCGCCGCCGUCUACUCCUCCGCUUUCCUCCGACAGCGCCUCCUCCCUCCGUUUGCAUCAACGUCGAGCCGACCAGUUUACAGGGCCGUACAACCUCUGGUGAAGCUCGUAGUACGUGCAUCCCCUCAUCCUCUCUUCUGCGUGCGUCUAAGAUCAUCGGAGGAAGGAGAGGUCCUGACACAUUAUCGAGGGACUAAGAAGGGUCUGAGUUUAUAAGAAAAUAGGAUGGGUACCGAACCAAAUGCCAACAAGAUACCAAAAGUGGUGAAACUUGACAAAGCACUGAAAUUGGCUGAAACAUGGGUUAAUAAUAUCAUAUGCUUGUGUAGGUUGGGUCUGGGAGCUAAACUCGCACCAAAAGCUAAAGUAGCAGUUUCAGUCGAUCAAGCAGAGAGGAGAUUGCUUGGGAAGUUAAACUCUAAGAAGAAAUUGUCUUCGGAAAAUGUAGAGAACAAUACCUCAGUUAAAGAGAAUGUGUCCAGUGAGGAGGAUGAACCAGAGAGCAGAACAAGAGCUUUUGUCAAAAAAAGAUCGAUACCACUUCCAGCAACUUUACAGUCUACCAAGAAGAGAAGAUGACGCAUGUUUGGAGACCAACUAAUGGGGAAAAAACGAGUAAAAACUUCCUACUGUGUAAUCUUGCAAGCUUGCAGAGGUACCGCCUUGGCAUGGGCAUAAUUUGUGUGUAAAGUUUUUUUGCACUUUGUUUAUCUUAUAACAAAUGAUUAAUCAGGUCUAACGUCGAAUCUGGGGCGAAACUUUGUUUAUCUUAAGAAGUUUAGGGUUGUUGCACACUGAUCUAUAAUAUUCUGUGAUUGCGUUCGCGAAUUUGUUUGGUAAAUUGGAGUUACUAAUGGAUUGUCUGCAUAAGUGGAGGAAUAAGACGAAUGGGAUCAAAUUCACUUAAUGGGGAUGGUUAAAUAUAAUUCCUUCAAA